GUGUCUCUGUCUCUUGGGUCACCUUUGGAUUAAUUUGAUUGAAGUUAACCUUUAAUUGUAAUUGUUUUCCUUGUAAUUUAACUUGUUACGUUUUCUUUUUGUUUUUAAUUGUUGUUGUUCUUUUAAUUGUUAACUAUGGCUUUCAAUAAAAUUGCUAAAGUCGCCGUUCUUGGUGCCAGUGGUGGAAUCGGUCAACCUUUGUCUCUGUUAUUGAAACAGAGUCCGUUGAUUAGUCAUUUAAGUCUUUAUGAUUUAGCUCAUACUCCUGGUGUUGCUGCUGAUUUAAGUCACAUCAAUUCCCGUUCAAAGGUUACUGGUCAUAUGGGACCAGAGGAAUUAGGUGAAGCUUUAAAGGGUUCGGAUGUUGUAUUGAUUCCCGCUGGUGUACCAAGAAAACCUGGUAUGACUCGAGAUGAUCUUUUCAAUAUUAACGCUUCAGUCGUUAGAGAUUUAGUUAAAGCUUGUGCUCAUAAUUGUCCACAGGCUUCUAUAGCUAUUAUCUCUAAUCCAGUUAAUUCAACUGUUCCCAUUGCCGCUGAGGUAUUGAAAAAAGCUGGUACCUAUGAUCCUGCUCGUCUUUUUGGUGUAACCACUUUGGAUGUUGUUCGAGCCAAUACUUUCGUUGCUGAGGUUAAAGGUCUUGAUCCAGCUACAACCAAUGUUCCCGUUAUUGGAGGUCACGCUGGUAUAACAAUUAUACCCCUUUUAUCUCGAGUUACCCCAUCGGUCAAUAUUGAGGCUGAUAAAUUGGAUGCACUUACAAAGCGCAUCCAAGAUGCUGGUACUGAAGUUGUUAAAGCCAAAGCUGGAUCCGGAUCUGCAACUCUAUCAAUGGCCUUUGCCGCUGCUCGUUUUGCUUUCUCACUUUUAGAAGCCCAAGCUGGUAGAAAGGAUGUCAUCGAAUGUGCUUACGUACAAUCAAAUGUUACCGAUGCCGCUUUCUUUGCCACUCCAAUUCAUCUUGGUAAAAAUGGACUUGAAGCCAAUCUAGGAAUCGGAAAGUUAUCCGCUUACGAGGAAGAUUUAGUCAAAGCCGCCAUUCCCGAGCUUAAAGCCAGUAUAAAGAAGGGAGAAGAAUUUGCAAACCAGUAAAUUUAGUCGAAUCUUAAUUUAGAAGAAUCAAAUACACCAGAUGAUACACACUUGAAGAAGAAGCAGAAGUAAUUAAAUGGAAAAACAGUAACUGAUUAAAAGAAAGUUAACAAUUUCUUAAUCAUCAACCAUAACUUUAACUACAAUUACCGAUUGAAAACCUCACCCUUAAAGAAAAAGUCUCUCCAAAUCUAAUGUAAAUCAACUGAUAAUUUAAAACCAUAACAGAAUCACAAUUAGCCAAAUGGAAUAUAAAAAAAACUGCUAAAAAGGGAAAUGAUUAAAAUCGUUGACAAUUGAUUGAUCAUAGAGAAAAUUGAA